AUGCAGGACCCCACGACGGUGCCGACACUUCGCCGGAGGACGAAACGUGUGCGCCUGCCCUGUUCGGCUCCUCCGGGAGCGCGCCGCGUGCGUCGGCCUGUCGCCCCUCGUCGCGCUGCGUGCGUCCGGGGCACACGCCGGCGCCAGCACGCGCCUGGGGGAUCGUCGAACCAUGCACGAGUGGCUGACCCUGGGGCGCUUCCCCGUGGGGCGCGACCUGCGCGUGCGGCUGCCGGAGUGGGAGCGGCACCUGCCGCUGCACCAGCUGUACUCGGACCUCACAUGGCCUUCGUGCUGCCGCCAGAGUGGCCCGACGUCUACGGCGAGAGCCCCCCGGCGCCGCCCGGCGAGGCCGCCGCCCAGGGCGGGCAGCAGUUCGCCGCGGGCGUGCACGCUGCCGGGCCGCCCGUGUCCUCGCUCAUGGUCGGGGGCACGCCCCCGAUGGGGCCGCUCACGGCGCCGGCGGCCUCCGGGGGCGUGGCCGGCGGCUACGUGCCCGCCGCGUCGUCGCUGCAGCCUGCGGCGGCGCGCGCUCCUUCCGGCGGGCCAGCUGCGGCGCAGUCGGGUCCGACCGCGAGGUUCGUGCUGCAGAGGCUGAUGCAGGAGGAGCCGCGGCCGCUGUCCGACGAGCCCAUCCUGCCGAAGCCGCCCCCGCAGCCCUCGUACUCGCGGCUGCAGGAUCUCGGACCUGUUCUCGCAGCCGCAGGAGGGCCCGCCGACCUGGGAGCAGUGACCCCGCGUCCAGCCUGCAUCCGCCCGCUCCACGUCUGCGCGCGGUCGCUCCUGCACGUGCUGCGCGGUCAGCUUCCGCCCGCCCGCGCCCGGGCGCGGUCCCUCGUCCGAGGUCUCCAAGUCGCGCACGCGUGA